GCAUUUGGUAACACAAUUGCCAACCAAAUCUAUGUACCAAGUAAGGCCGACUCAUGAACCAUUUUUUAGGAUAAGUCGUAUGUACAUAAUGUAAUUUUAAAAGAAAUGUCAAUCAUUCGGACUUCUUAUACUAUUUCACUACAUAUAUUCGGGUUCAAAAGUUUACUAUUAACUGUUUUUAUCAUGCAGGAUAUCGGGACCCCACUUUCGGAAAUCAACAAUUCUUCAUCAUAUUUUGGAACCCCGAUUCAAACCCAAAAUGAUCAAACCAUUCAAAACACUAUUUGUCUCUCAAACUUGAACCAAGCCCGAGCAAGUUAUGGACUUGACCCAGUCUCCUUCAAUCUGCAGGUGCAAGAUGCCGCUUACAAGCACAACUCCCACAUGCUGCGUACCAAUUGUUUCUCUCAUCAGUGCCCAGGAGAGCUGUCAGUUGGUGGCCGACUCGAUGCCACGGGUUACAACUGGGGUGGCGUCGGCGAAAUUAUUGCCGUCGGUCAGGGCGACUGCCCUGCCGUGGUGAAUGCCUGGAUGAACUCGGCUGGACACCGGGCCAACAUCUUGGGAAAUUAUCGUCACGUUGGUUGCAGUGGAUUGACUUGUGGAACUUGUGCGAAUAAAGGGCCUUGGUGGACGUGUGUCUUUGCUAGCCCAAUGUAA